AUGCCCGGAGAGAUAAUUGACCGACCGAAUCCGGCGCCGAAGCCAUCGCAUGUCCCCGAUCUCGUGGAACAACUCCUUGUGCCCGCGCAGAAGAAGAGUCUGGAUCAGAGCGAUUGCGAUGCAUUGCUCAAGUACCGCCGCGCGGCGGCGUACAUUGCUGCUGCUAUGAUCUUUCUCCAAGACAAUGUGUUGCUGAAGCGGAGUCUCAAAAAAGAUGAUAUCAAGCCGCGGCUUCUUGGACACUGGGGAACAUGUCCCGGGUUAAUCCUCGUCUACUCGCACCUAAACUACCUCAUCAAGAAACAGAACCUCGACAUGCUGUACGUUGUUGGGCCAGGACACGGAGCGCCGGCGCUGCUUGCGGCGCUGUGGCUCGAAGGCUCGCUUGGGAAGUUUUACCCUGAGUACAGCAAGGACAAGGAGGGAUUGCAAAACCUCAUUUCGACGUUUAGUACCAGCGCCGGGUUGCCUAGCCAUAUUAAUGCCGAAACUCCCGGUGCUAUUCAUGAAGGAGGAGAGCUGGGUUAUGCGCUGUCCGUGUCGUUCGGCGCGGUCUUUGAUAACCCUGAUUUGAUCGUGACCUGUGUGAUUGGAGAUGGAGAGGCAGAGACUGGUCCUACAGCCACAUCAUGGCACGCAAUCAAAUACCUCGACCCCGCGGAGUCAGGAGCGGUUCUUCCGAUCCUCCAUGUAAACGGCUUCAAGAUCAGUGAGCGCACAAUAUUUGGAUGCAUGGAUAACAGGGAGCUCGUGUGCCUGUUCACGGGUUACGGGUACCAGGUUCGCAUUGUUGAGGAUCUGGACAACAUCGACAACGACCUUCAUAGCGCAAUGUCGUGGGCAGUUGAGGAGAUUCGGAAGAUCCAAAAGGCUGCGCGUUCGGGCAAGCCUAUCAUGAAGCCUCGGUGGCCUAUGAUCGUCAUGCGAACGCCCAAGGGUUGGUCAGGGCCGAAAGAGCUGCACGGUCAGUUCAUCGAGGGAUCGUUCCAUUCUCACCAGGUUCCUCUUCCCGCUGCGAAGAAAGAUGACGAGGAGCUCCAGGCUCUGCAGAAGUGGCUUUCCUCAUACAAACCUGAGGAGCUCUUCACAGAGUCCGGCGAUGUCAUUGACGAGAUCAAGUCCAUCAUUCCUUCGGAUGAAAAGAAACUCGGGACGCGGCCGGAGGCCUACAAGGCUUAUAUUGCGCCCGACCUUCCGGACUGGAAGGAGUUUUGCGUGAAGAAGGGGGAUCAGUUCAGCGCUAUGAAGGCCAUUGGCGGCUUCAUUGACCAGGUUUUCGUUAAGAAUCCGCAUAAUGUUCGGUUGUUCUCGCCUGACGAGCUCGAGAGUAACAAGUUGAGCGAUGCCCUGUCACAUACCGGAAGGAACUUCCAAUGGGACGAAUUCUCGAAUGCGAAGGGAGGCCGUGUGAUUGAAGUUCUGAGCGAGCACAUGUGUCAGGGCUUCAUGCAAGGGUACACACUGACCGGUCGUACGGCCAUGUUCCCUUCGUAUGAGAGUUUCCUUGGUAUUAUCCAUACCAUGAUGGUCCAGUAUGCCAAGUUCACAAAGAUGGCCAAGGAAACGACAUGGCACCGUGACGUGAGCAGCCUCAACUACAUCGAGACCAGCACCUGGGCCCGACAGGAGCACAACGGUUUCUCCCACCAGAACCCGUCCUUCAUCGGCGCAGUUCUUAACCUGAAGCCGGACGCCGCCCGCGUUUACCUACCUCCCGAUGCCAACACGUUCCUCACCACCGUGCACCACUGUCUGAAAUCAAAGAACUACAUCAACCUCAUGGUCGGCUCAAAGCAGCCCACUCCGGUGUAUCUCAGCCCAGAAGAGGCAGAAAACCACUGCCGAGCCGGCGCCUCAAUCUUCAAGUUCUGCAGUACCGAGGAGGGAAUCCGGCCGGACGUCGUCCUGGUCGGGAUCGGUGUCGAGGUCAUGUUUGAGGUCAUCAAGGCUGCUGCCAUUCUGCGAGAGCGAUGCCCUGAGCUUCGCGUUCGCGUCGUCAACGUGACGGAUCUGUUCAUCCUUGAGAACGAGGGUGCUCACCCCCACGCCUUGGAGAACGAGGCAUUCGACAACCUCUUCACUGAGGACCACCCCAUCCACUUCAACUACCACGGCUAUGCCAACGAACUUCAGGGCUUGCUCUUCGGCCGUCCUAAGCUCGACCGGGCUACCAUCAAGGGGUACAAAGAAGAGGGAAGCACCACGACGCCAUUCGACAUGAUGCUUGUCAACGAGGUGUCUCGAUACCAUGUUGCCAAGUCAGCUGUCAUUGGAGGAGCGAGGUGGAACGAGAAGGUCAAGGUGCGGCAGCAGGAGCUUUGCUCUGAAUUUGAUCACAACAUCCGUGAGACGCGGAAGUAUAUUGUGGAGAAUCAUCAAGACCCUGAAGGCACGUACGAUAUGCCCUCGUUCGACUAG